CAGCUACUAGUAGUACCAGUAGCCGGCGGGGGCAAGCCACAGAGCUAGCAGUACCGUAGUACUACUGGAUCGAGAGCUCGGGCCAGGCCUCGACCCAGGCCGAYCUCAGCUCGCGGCUCAGCACGGGGUGGUUCGCCUCGAAUUCCGCCGGGCUCUCCGCRAAGCACACAAUGACCGUGUUCACCGCCGAGCCCACGACGCUCAUGAGGAUGCUGCAAAAKCCCAGGCCGACAAAGAAUCCCACSACAAAGGCCACGGUGGYCACGCCACCGCCGUCCUCGACCCCGAAAUCCUCCAGCAGACCGGGGUWKACGGAUCCGACGAGCAAGCCCACCAGCCCGGUCAGGACGCCGACGCCGAUGCUCAUCAUCAGCAGCACCCGGUCGGCGAGGUCGUCGGUGAUGACGGUGGUCCAGCCCUUGCUCCGGAACAACUCGACGACGUUCCGGCCGGCCUCGAUGUAGCCAAACCCGUACAAACCAACGUAGAUGUACGCCCACUUGUUGAAGUACUCGAUAAUGUCCUGGAUGCAGGACAGGAUGCACUCGAUCAGGCACGCCAGGAGCUGGGCGUCCUCGUUYUGCCGUGCGUUCCUGGCCAUCUGCCGGAGCGCCUGSACCACCGCCACCAGCAGCGAACCCAGGCAGAUCGAUCCAAAGCUGUAGCUCGUGGCCCUGCAGAAGCUGUCCUGGAGGCCCUUCGAGCAGCACCCGCUGGCCUCGCCCGGAACGAACCACCACGUUCCUACGGUGCCGGCGGUGGUCACGUGGAUSGUGUUGGUCAGGACGCCAAAGGUCCAGUAGAAGGACACCAGGAGAAGAAAGACGGUCCCGCCGUUGCUGGUCGCUAGCGAGUUGGCCAUGCCCGCGAGCCAGAACCCGCUCCAGGCAAAGGCCACAAACAUGACCGAGUAGGCUACCAGAGAAAGUCCAGCGUUGGAUUUCACGGCGGUCAGUGCCGUAUUGAGGUUGGCUGUGCACCAGGGUUUUGGUUGGACACGGAUCCGAGGCAGGGGAUGGAUUUGCGAACGGGAAUCACGGUGAGACGAGGAGAAUCAAUCCUUCGACAGAGACAGAAUCAAAAGCAAACGCAAACGCAAAAGAGACCAAUGCAUGGCAUCGCYAACAAGAAUGACARCGACAAAAAGCAACAGACCACGUCGAUCCGAACCAGCGCCAAUCGACUCACCCGCGGCGUAMGGAAUUCGUUUCCACACCGCGACGACGUAACAAGCCGUCACGGCAAAGAAAAACACCCCCAUCAGGAUCGCGAACAUCUCCCCCGAUAGAAUCAUGGCAACGGCCAUCACACCGGCCAGAAGCGAGCUAAAGACGAGGCCCGCCUUGACCAUCGCGGUGGGAAACUUCAUCAUCAGGACGAUCGUGAGAGAGGACAGGCCCAGGGCAGCGAGGCCCGUCGCGGCCACCAGAAAGAAGAUUCCGCCGUAGGAACCGCUAAAGCCGUCCCCGUUGUCGCCGCCACCGCCGUUGGCGGCGAUGUUCAUAGAGAUGAGAACGCUCAUGACACCGAUGUGGGCGACAAAGGCAAAGGCCCAGAAGACGUCUCGGAACUGGGUGGGCUGCUGCUGCUGCUGGAAGUGACUGUCAAAGUUGAUGGUAGUUCCCUCGUUUUGGAAGUUGUCGGUGGGAGCACCAUAGUGCGACUUGGCAUGGGMCCCAUCAUAAGGCCGGCUGUCGGGGGCGGGAACCGCUGUUCCCUGCACAAUCGGAACCGAAUAGUCGGAGUUCAUUUUCGUUUCUGUGUUCGAUUCGAUUCGACUCGACUCGACUCGAUUCAAUUCAAUUCAAUUCGACUCGCUUCUUUGGGAUCGGCUAAGUUGCGCUUGUUCGCUUUUGCUUUUUCCGARACUGGACCAGCUGUUGGUUGUUAUAUUUCUCMGGGGUUGCGGUACAGUGCCAGAGAAAAAGAAACUCUUUGGAUAAUG